UGUUUUCAUUUUUUUUCGUGUGACUUUUGAUAAAAUUGGUCUCGACAGUGGGGAAAACUUCAGUACUGCCACGUCAGGAUUACGGCUCUAGAUAAACACCUGUCCGAAAUCACCACAUAACCUCUAACGAUAGAGAAGAUAGCAGCCCGGCUUGAGCUUUCUUCAGACAUGGAGAGCAAAUAUAACUUGAAGAGUCCAGCUGUGAAGAGGCUUAUGAAAGAGGCAGCAGAGCUCCGGGAGCCCACAGAACAUUAUCACGCUCAGCCACUGGAGGAUAACCUGUUUGAGUGGCACUUCUCCGUUCGAGGACCUCCAGACUCUGAUUUUGAUGGUGGAGUGUAUCACGGGAGGAUUGUGCUGCCCCCUGAAUACCCCAUGAAGCCCCCCAGCAUCAUUCUGCUCACUCCCAAUGGAAGGUUUGAAGUUGGAAAGAAGAUCUGUCUGAGCAUCUCCGGUCACCAUCCAGAGACAUGGCAGCCGUCAUGGAGUAUUCGGACAGCCUUGAUAGCGAUUAUUGGAUUCAUGCCAACUAAAGGGGAAGGAGCCAUAGGAUCUCUGGAUUACACUCCUGAGGAGAGAAGAGCUCUUGCUAAAAAGUCUCUUGAUUUCUGCUGUGACGCGUGCGGCAGCUGUAUGCGCUCCGCUCUACAAGCGCUCUCUCCUGACAGUGACCUCCGACCUGUUGACCCUCAGGCACACAGACUGGCACAGCAGAUCAACUUUAAGGCUGAUUCCAGCUCAUCGGCUGCAGACAGUGGCAGCUCAGCGGCGGCAGUGGCUUCGAGUGACAGCGAGAGCUCAGCUAUAGCAGAGAGAGACACUGAAGACACGGCAUCCGCUGAGCAGACUGAAUCAUCAUCAUCUGUGGCUCCUCAGGCAUCAAGCGAGGGUCCAUCCGUUCCAGCGGCUCCGAGUCCACGUCAACGGCGCUCGCAGAACCAGAUCCAGUCCCCAAGAUACCCAGCGUUCACAGCAUCCCCCGCUGCUCCACUCCCUCCGCAGGACACCAGUCACACGGGCUCGGCCGUCCUCAUCGUCCUCCUCACACUCGCUCUAGCGGCACUCAUUUUCCGCAGAAUCUAUUUGGCCCACGAGUAUAAGUUUGAUUACGAGCUAUGAACUCCUCCUGCAGCACCUGAAAACCAGCGCUGUCCUUCAGCCCACGUUCAGAUCCAGAUCACCCUCGGUCUGUUAGGACAGGAUAUGUGUUGGUCCUUCCUGGACAGAGCUUUGUCUUCAGAAGGAUUUCUGGAUGUAUUUGUAGAACAAAACCUGAAGGGGCCAAUAGGCUUGUCGUGAACAUGUCCGGGUCUGAUUUCACCCCGCAAAAUAAAAAAAA